CACUUUGGCCCACUUGGACUGGCUCCCGGAUCUCCUCCUCGGCCGCUGCGGUGGGUGCGGUGCGAGGACCGGGUGGGGCAGAGUAGUGCUCAGUGAGGCUGUCCCUGAAGGUACAAAAUCACUCCCUUUGGGCUGACAGGCUUAGGACGGAGAAAGGAACACGCCCCAACCCGGAAAACAGAAACUGUGCGACUCCCCGGAGCUCACUGCUACCCUACAAGGGGUGGAGCCGGGCAAAGCUGGUCUCUGGGGCGGAGCAAAGCCGAGACCCACCCACUCACGCCCCCCACCCUCCUUGCUCUCCCUUGGCCUGGUGAGCCACACUCGAGCCCCGCCCACAGGCCUCAGCCCUACACUUCCUGUAAGAGGAGAGUCUUUAAACCACGCAGUGUCUUCAGGGAUCGCAGGUCCUGGUACACUGGGCGGCGUGUAGGCAGAGAUGUGAGAAACGAUUUUGGAGAGAAACUUCCUUCCAGGUAGUCAAGGAAAAGGAGAACCAGGAGCACUGAACCUGACCGCGGCUCUCAGACUAUCCCGGAGGCCCUGUCUCGUCCUCAGUCCAGUCGUGUGGUCAUGCUUCCUUCUUCGACCUAGCGGUUCCAGGAAAGGCCGCCCUUGUCCUCCGCAGGAUCCCAGGAGGAACCCACUGACAUGUCUGAACAAGUGUCGGCCAAACACGAUGGAUGCAGAGGACUCUGCUAGGAGAGAGGACAGAAAGGGAGAAACCAUGCGCAGGAAGAACAGAUUCAAACGAGAUUAUGGAUUUGCUCAGGAUCGUAAAGCAGCUUGUAGCGCUGGCUCUGUGCCGCAACCCUCCAGCUCAGAGCAGUUAGUGAGCAGCGAGAUAGAAGAGCCGGAAUGGGAGAAGCACAGAUCUGUCAGUCUUUCGGAGCUCCUUGAUGUUUACAGUGAUGGAGUCGAGCUUCUCCAGUUGGUGAAGGCACCAGAUUCCAACUGCAGCAGCCUCUCAAUUGCAACCAGACAAGGCCUGGUCCUGCUCCGGGAACAAGAUCUUAUGCCGCUCUGGAAAUUGAGCCUUCAUGGCCUGCACAGCCAGCCCACUCCUGGGUCUUUCACUGAUGAUCAGACAUUGGACUUCCUUCUGCAGACAGCAUGGAGUUGGGAUGAAAAAGAUGAUGGUGGUGGAUGGAGCUCUGGCUCCAUCAUCUGGAGUCACAGUAUCCCGUGUCACAUGGAGGAAACACCAACCACUUCUGCAGUUACUUCAGACCAGAAGUCUGUCUUCCUCUUCUGGGCAGAAGCACUGGCUGCUGCAUCGCUCAGUUCUGAUGACGCCCCAGGAGCCAAGCCCCCUGGCCUUUACCACCUUACCUCCUGCACCCAGCCUUCCCGUCUGUCCUGCACCUGACCAACACCACUGGUAUAGUGACAACUUCGGAAGUUCAAAUCAGUGACAUCUGGAAAGAUGCCUUUUACGUCACCAGGACAACAGGGAUGAGCCCUGACGGCCACCCCACCUCUCUGGUGAUCAGCAAGCUUAGCCUGCGUUGGGCACUUAUGGAAGGCCAAAUGGUCCAGUUGAAGGAGACCACCCCUAAAAUUGCUGCACAGACUCUUUUCCCAGGAUCAAGUUUGUUGAUUCUCCCUACUGGUAGUGCAGUAGAAUCCAGAUUCAGAAGACCCUUACAGGGCGGCUCCUGUCCCUCCUAUGUCAGUUCUCUGAGAGAUGAUGGCUUCAGGGUCAUGCAGCACUCGGGGACCGCUGCAGCACUUUGGCAGCCUGUUGGAGCUGUGUACUGCAGCAUGAUCUACUUAGCUGGGGCAUCUCACGACCUUCCUUCCCAUCCUGCACUAACCCCUCCUUCUGGGAACUCUGUGUGGAUAGUUUGGAAAUGUGAAUCUUAUAGCACAUUUAUUUAUUUAUUUAUUUAUUAUUUUAUUUUAUUUUUUUGGUUUUUCGAGACAGGGUUUCUCUGUGGCUUUGGAGCCUGUCUUGGAGCUAGCUCGGUAGACCAGGCUGGUCUCGAACUCAUAGAGAUCCGCCUACCUCUACCUCCCAAGUGCUGGGAUUAAAGGCGAUUUAUUUAUUUAUUUUUGUACCUCUAAUUUAUAACCCCUUGCUGGGAAAACCAGUGGCGUAAAAGCAGAAUAUAUGUUAUUUUGUAUUAGGCAUGGGUAUGUGCGUGUGUAUCUAUGUGUCCAGUGUUGUAACAAAAUGAUUUUUGAGAUAUGCCCCAAGCUUCAGGGAUUCCAUUUCUUGUCCUCUUAAUUCAUCUGAUUUGGUCGUCUUCAUCUGUCUGGACGGCCUAUCUCUGAGCUCCUGAGGGUCACCCAUGGCUCACCACUGUUUUACAUCUGCCUGUCCUGUGGUUCCUUCUCAACUCUAGACAGCAAUGAGAAACACUGGAGGUUAGGAUGGGGCUAGUUAUCCAGUAUGUCCUCUUUCUGUCUCUAGACUCUCCACCUCUGUUAAGUGGUAUUGAGAACCAACCUGUUUCUAUCACAGAAGGAGCAAGGGGCAGAGUUUCUGUGACUCCACCGAUGAUCAGGUCCCUGUGUUGAUGUGGGAUUCCCCUCUGUAUGCUGUGAAUACCAUUGGUGAAUGAAGAAACUGCUUUGGACCUAAGUUCUACUAAAGUAGAACUUAGUUAGGCAGGGAAAACUGAGCUGAAUGCUGGGGGAAAGAAGGCAGAGUCAGGGAGAAGCCAUGGAGCCACUGCUGGAGACAGACACACUGAAACUUUGCUGGUAGGCCAUGACCUCGUGGUGACGCACAGAUUAAUGGAAAUGGGUUAAAUUAAGAUGUAAAAGUUUAUAAUUUCUGUGUUCUUACUUUGGGUCUGCACUGCCAAGCAGCCAGGAACAAGCGACCCCUUACAACACUAUGUGAUGCCCUAUGAACUUCUGAUGACCCUGCAGCUAUGAGCUUUGAUUCUGCAGUAACAACAGAAGGGUUUGCAUGCACAUUGUCCUCAGCUUCAAGGUUGGAAGUCCCAUAGCUUUGUCUUGGCUGCAGCUCCACCCUGCUUGCUCUGAGUCUUGUAUGUAUAGGGCAUCUCCAUCUCCUCCUCCCUUGCUUCCUCUCCAGGUUGUUUGGAAAGUUUUGUCUGUCUAGAUGGGUUUUUUUUUUUUUUUAUUGUAGUCUUAAGUCUUGUGGCAAAUGUGGGAGUCGAGACAGAAAUGGAUGGAUUAGGAUCACUUGAUGAGGGAGAACAAUGGUGGCCCCUACAGGUUUUGUUUCUGACUAGUCUCCUUUGAGUGUGUGAACUUUUGUGUUCUGUGUUUAUAGGUUUUAUUUUUGAUUUCUCUGUCACUAAUGCAGCUUGCCAUGGCUGCUUUGAUGGCGAGGGUUCAGAAUUCAUCUCUGGGAUUUCUGGCCACCAGAUUCA